CGCGGUGUUGGCCCUGAGCCGGCUGGGAGCGCGGCUGGGGACGCGGCUGGUUCAAGCGGCCUCGGAGCGCGGCCGCGGGGGCCAUGUCCCGCCUCAGGGAGGAGAUCCUGGGCGAGGAGAGCGGGGAGGACUGCCAUGUCAUCGACCUGAUGGGGUUCUCCGACGAGAUUCUUCUGCAUAUUCUAAGCUAUGUCCCUAGCACAGACCUCAUCCUGAAUGUCAAGAGAGCCUGCAGGAAGCUUGCAACACUGUGCCUUGACAAGAGUCUAACCCACGCUGUGGUGCUGCAUAAGGACUAUCAGGUGAGCAAGGACAAAGUAAAGCAGCUACUGAAGGAGAUUGGGAAGGAGAUCCUCCAGCUGAACAUGGCUGGUUGUUACUGGCUGCCCAGCUCCACUAUUGACCACGUGCUACGCUGCAAAAACCUGGUGAAACUGAACUUGUCUGGGUGCCACUUGACCUCCCUCCGCCUCUCCAAAAUGCUCUCUGUCCUCCAGAACCUGCGCUCACUGGCGAUUGAUGUGAACCCUGGUUUUGAUGCCAGCCAGCUGAGCAGUGAAUGCAAAGCCACGCUCAGCCGGGUCUUGGAGCUCAAGCAGACCCUGUACACACCUUCAUAUGGUGUGGUCCCCUGCUGCACAAGCCUUGAGAAGCUGCUGCUCUAUUUUGAGAUCCUGGACCGAUCCCGAGAAGGGUUUAUUCUGUCUGGCCAGCUGAUGGUGGGUGAGAGCAACGUCCCCCAUUACCAGAACCUCCGUGUCUUCUACGCUAGGCUGGCCCCUGGCUAUGUCAAUCAAGAGGUGGUGAGACUGUACCUGGCAGUGUUAAGUGACAGGACUCCAGAGAACCUUCAUGUCUUCCUCAUUUCUGCUCCUGGCAGUUUUGCAGAGACUGGAGCCACCAAAAACCUGUUAGACUCCAUGGCUCGAAAUGUUUGUCUAGAUGCAUUGCAGCUGCCCAAAUCCUGGCUUAAUGGCUUCAGCCUCCUACAGCAUGUGAAGUUCAACAACCCUUUCUACUUCAGUUUCAGCCGCUGUACCCUCUCUGGUAGUUAUCUGGUCCAGAAAGUAAUUAAUGGUGGGAAGGACCUCAAAAGCUUGACCAGUCUGAAUCUCAGCGGCUGCAUUCACUGUCUGGCUCCGGACUCCUUUUUCCGCAAAGCAGAAGACGAUAUUGACAGCAGCAUCCUGGAAAGUCUGGUGGUGUCUUGCUGCAAUCUGAGACACCUGAACCUUUCUGCUGCUCACCAUCACAGCUCAGAGAACCUGGGCAAGCAUUUGUGCCAGCUCCUGGCACGACUGAAACACCUGCUGUCUUUGGCACUGCCAGUGUGCUCCAUCACAGGUGGGGCUGCGAAUGCAGACAAACCCCCCAUGCAGUCGGUGACUAAUAUGCUGCCCCAAGGGUUUGGGAAGAAAGCCCGAGUUGGGGUGCAGACUUACCCCAGGAAUGUGGAGCAGGGCCAUGCAAAGCCGCAGAGCUCGGUGUUUUGGACUCUGCUGGAGAGCCUGCUGCUUUUGGAAAGCUUGGAACUGGUUGGGUCCAACUUCUCCUCUGCCAUGCCCCGUAAUGAGCCGGCCAUUCGGAACUCGCUCCCUGCCUGCAGCCGGGCUCAGCAUGUGGGGGAUACAGAGGUAGCUGCCAUUAGCCAGUUGACCUAUUUGCGAAACCUCACCUUAGCACAGCUGCCCAACAUCCUCACGGGGUCUGGGCUCAUUAGGAUUGGAGCACAGUGCCAGCAUCUGCGGACGCUCUCCUUGGCCAACUUGGGCAUGAUGGGGAAGGUGGUCUAUCUGCCUGCCUUCAUGGACAUGCUGAAGUACUGCAAGCACUUAAGGGAUCUCAGGCUAGAGCAGCCAUACUUCAGUGCUAAUGCCCAGUUCUUCCAGGCAUUGAGUCAUUGUUCUUCUCUCCAGCGGCUGUGUAUCAUCUCCCGGAACGGGACUCUGCAGUCUGACGCAGUGAUGUCAUUCAUGGCCAGCUGCCUUGAGGUCAUCAUGUGCCACAUGUUUACGGGGGAAUCACUUACGGCUUGCAAAAAUCUUCAGCAGUCGAUUGUGCGGAGUUUCCAGGCCGAGCGCCCGGCAUUAAAUGUCGUCAUUUUCCCUCUGCUCCAUGAGGACUUGACCGAAGUCAUCAGAGAUGUCCCCAUGAUGCACUUGGACGAAAUUACCUUGUUUAAAAGCAGAGUGGCUGAAGAGCCUCCGAACCUGUGGUGGUGACCCUGCCAUCACGUGCGGGAUGGUGGGAGCGAACCUGUGAAAACAGCUUCUUGUUGGCCUGCAUUGUCUCUUCCCGACCUCGAGGCCACCUGCCUGGAUGCUGGACAGUCACUUUAACUCAGUUCAAUUGCAAAGCAAAAAAGAGCUCGAACUCUGUAUUGGGUAGUGCUUACACCUGAAAAUCCAGCCUCGAGGUCUCUGGAACCAUGUGGGUGUAUUUCCCUGCGGUUAAUAAUGAAUUCCUCUGUUACUUUGUGUUAGUUUAAGGUAAGCCACGCUAAUGUAACGAACUCCCUGCUCCUUUCCUUCCACCUCUCGUUGCCCGGUUCAUUUGUUUGUGUACUUUGGCAGUAUGCUCUGUUGUUUUCCUGGUGCCUGUCCUUUGCUUGACUCUGGUAUUGGCAAGGAGGAGGACUGAUUCCAGGGGAGCAUUCGUGUCCCUCUAGUUAAAGUGGACCCCAAGCUGUAUUGUUGAGGUGAAAUGCAGCAUCUCUCUUGCGCUGUGAAUGCAUACAUGGCUCUGUGUGCAGUGAAGUGUAUUUAGGCGUAUUUUCUGUUGAGAAAAUCUGUUUUUAAUAACCAAUUAUGACCGUUCACAUUU